AUCUACCACCGAGUCUUCUCUGAUCAAUAGCUCCCCUUACAACCACAUAACCACAUCACUCUUUCACCAUGAAGUUCCAAGCUUUCGGCAUUGUUUGCCUCAUCAGCGGCGCUCUCGCGGCCCCCCUUGAGCAGGCCCAGAACUCCCAACAGGUCCAGCCCCAUCAGGUGGGCGCGGCCGCUGCCCCCGCUGAGCUCACCCCAGAGGGGCUCGAUCCCGAGAUGAUGAUGGCGGGCCACGAACAGAUGCAACGCCCCAACCACAUGGAGCCCACCAGCGUCGACAUGGACGCCUUCCAGGAGAUGGUCAGCCAAGUCCAGAACCAGGUUGCCGCCAUCGACCAACUCGUCGAGGAGCAGGGCGCCGACCCCGAGGCCCUCAUGGAGGCUCUGGUCAACCCGAUGGCGGAGCUGGACCAGACGCUGGCCAUGGGGGUCAGCCGGCUGGCGCUGCCGGGUCUGGGCGGCCUCGGCGGCCUCCUGGGCGCCGUCGGCGGCGGCACCACCACCAAGAAGACCAAGCCCCUGACGCUGGUCAGCGAGCUCCUCGCCGCCGUCUCCAAGCUGCUCGAGGGCCUGCUCACCAAGGGCCCCAUCGGCAACCUGCUCAACGACCUGCUCGGCGGCAUCCUCGGCGGCGUCACCGGCACGGUCGGUGGCGUCCUCGGUGGUGGUGCCGCGGGCGAGGUCCCCGACCUGCUGGAAAGUAUCCUCAGCUCCGUUGGCGCUGUCGCCGGUGGCCUGCCCGUGGCUGUGCCUAAGCUGCCCUAGAUUCAUGGUGUCCUUGGAGGACGCGGUCUAUGACUGUUGACUGUUGGGGGGUGAGAGGUGUGUUGUGGAUGAGGAUGGGUGUGGUUUAGGAGAUAAUGAGGGGUGGUUUCUUAGAGGAGAAGAGUUUUGUUGGUUGGAGAGAGCUUAGGGGUAGUCGCAGGUAGUGAAUGUUAUACUAUUGGAGG